AUGGACAUCAAAGAGCCACCAGCACCGGGGCUUUUCCCAAGCGAAGGUGGCCCAGUUCAGGCCACGGCGUUGCAAUUGGCCUCGGAAAACGGCGACGCACAGCUUCCUGGUCAAAAUAACAUGGUCGAUGCAUCGAGACUAACCGAGCUCGCGAGCGCAGGUGACACCGAGAAUGGAGGCGAGGACGGCACUGGACCUGCGGCUGAGGGUGCUCGAACAGCAUUGGCAGCCUCCGGAGCACCAGGCACAGAGACCCCGGGCACAUUACUAUCGAAGAACGCACAAAAGAAACUCAAGCGGCAACAAAAGUGGGAGGAUAUGCGAGACGACCGUAAGCGGCGGCGGAAGGAAAAGCGGGUAAUCAAGGCGGAAAAGAAGAAGGCGGCCAAGGCAGCGGGCGGUGAGGGCGCAGACGGAUGUGCUGCUGCACCUGCGACAGCCGCGCCCAAAGAGCACACACUGGUACCUGUCAGUCUCAUCUUUGACUGUGCCUUUGAGUCCUACAUGCGCGAGACGGAACAGAUCUCGCUGUCGAGCCAGAUCACACGCUCGUACGCGGCAAAUCGCACGGCGGCGCGGUGUGCGCGAAUUUACGUGAGCUCCUGGGGCGGCAAGCUACAGACGCGCUACGAGACGCUGCUGGCAAACCAGCACAAGCGAUGGAACCAUGUGCACUUUCUCGCUGACGACUUUGUCGCGGCUGCAAAGCAGGCUGACAUGGACAUGCGUGGGGAGAACGGAGGGACGGUCGUGGACGUUCUCGAAGCCAAGGAAGGAGACGAAGCGCUGAAGCGCGAUGAUGAGAGAGGCGAGAAAGAGGCAGGCAAGACGGCCGAGGAAAAGGAAGCGGACGAGGAGAUCACUCCGUCGGACGGCCCCUCUGUCGUCUACCUCACAUCUGACUCUCCCUACACGCUGACCCGGCUUGAGCCAAACACGAGCUACGUUAUCGGCGGCAUCGUCGACAAAAACCGCGAAAAGGGCCUCUGCUACAAACGCGCCAGGGAACAUGGCGUCCGUACGGCCAAGUUGCCCAUCGGCGACUACAUGGUCAUGGCCAGCCGAAAGGUGCUGACAACGAACCACGUUGUGGAGAUCAUGCUCAGUUGGCUGGAGACAGGCGACUGGGCAACAGCAUUCUCCAACGUGAUUCCGAAGCGCAAGGGCGGUCAUUUGAAGGGUGAAAAAGGAGACACCAGCGAGAAGAGCGCGGAAGAGGGCGAUGCAGGGGCCGAAGAGGAGCAAGGAGAAGAUGGCAACGAUGAGGAGGCCGAGGAAGGCGAGGCGAAGGAGGCCGAUGACAGUGAAAUGGGCAUGCAGGACAACAGCGCGGCUGCAGAGCCACAAGCUACGGAGGCCACAGAGAGCGUCGCAUAG